GUCGACUUAUGGCGAGUUGUGUGAGAGAAGACCAAACCUGAGAUUUCACUUCAAUCAUGGCAUCCAAUGGGAGCUCCGAGACAGGUUGCAGGUCAGAGGUCAGACCAAGCAACGACACCUGCACCCAGAACGAACUGUCUGUCACCGCGUCCAUCAUCUCCAUGACCGUGGGCAUCUUCUCCAACAGUCUUGCCCUCUUCAUCCUCGUCAAAUCCUACAACCGCAUCCGGAUCAAGUCCAAGGCGUCCUUCCUGCUGUUUGCCAGCAGCUUGGUGGUCACAGACCUCCUGGGUCACCUCAUCAACGGCUCCCUUGUGCUUUUUGUCUACAGCUCACACAAGAAAUGGGAGAUGUUUGACCCUCACCGUAUCGUGUGCAGCAUCUUCGGUGCGUGCAUGGUGUUCUUUGGCCUGAGCCCCUUGUUCCUGGGGAGUGCCAUGGCGGUUGAGCGCUGCAUUGGCGUCACCAGGCCUAUUUUCCACUCCACGGCAAUUGCUUCCCAUCACAUGAAAAGACUGCUGGGACUCACCUGGCUGCUCGCUGCCCUGGUGGCAGUGUUCCCACUGCUGCUGUGGAGGCCCUACAAGGUUCAGAGCUCCAGGAGCUGGUGCUUCUUCCAUAUGGAGGAACCCAAAGACUGGCUGGAUGUGCUCCUGCCUCUGCUUUUCUCUAUGCUGGGGCUGCUGGCCCUACUGCUGUCCAUAGUGUGCAAUACACUGACAAGCUGCGCUUUGCUGCAGGCCAGAUUGCGCCGCAAGCAUCACUGCAGAGGAACAUCCUACCACAUAGAGAUGAUCUGCCAACUGCUGGUUAUCAUGUUGGUGUCCUGCGUGUGCUGGGGCCCAUUACUGAUCCAUGUCAUCUUGCUGAGCACCAGAGUCAGAAACGAGCCUGCGUCUUUCAGCCUACUGAUGGUGGUACGUAUGGCCACAUGGAACCAGAUCCUGGACCCCUGGGUUUACAUCCUGCUGAGAAAGGCUGUUCUGAGGAAAAUGUUUAUGUUGUUCCACAGCUGCUGGAGCCCAAAGUUUCAUCACCUAAACCGCUGGCAGCGCGGUAUGCUCCGCAGCUCAAUGGAGACCAGCAACUCAGGUGUUGGCUCAUCUGACUGCCGCUGCCUCGGUAGAUUACCUCUGUCUGACACUGCGAUCAAACCCAUCACCUGA